UACGUUGCAAUGCUAGUUGACAGCGUCAAAUGGCGUCAAUAUGAUCGCAUUAUUGACAGAUGACGUCAUUUUCACUACGUUACAUACGAAAAUCGUUGCGAACGAAGUUACAUAAUUAGCCCACUGUUCAGAACAACUUCUAAUGGAAUGCACGUGACACCACGUGGUGUUACAAUAGAUACUAUACUCUAUGUACAACAUGUUCAUAGUGUUACGUAGAUGUAAAUGAAACACAAGCCACAAUGCAUGACAGAAUCGGACUACUGGUGGUUGCAGUGUGCGUCCUGACAUUAGUGUGUGAAUCUGUGGAUACCAAAGAAACAUGUCCGAAUGUGAAGAAUUCCGUAGAUUUGUCAAGAAAAAGGCGACAUCUCGUGUUCCCAGAUAAAAGCAACAUGAUUCUCACCAUGUCCAUAGUGAAAGCAAUAAUGACUCACGCACCGUCGGGUUGGAAUAUAGCGUUGGAAAUAGAUGUCAUGUUCCCACUGCCAGAUUCGAAAUUCACACUCAAACAUCUGAGAAGGAAGUUACAUCAUCGACAGAUACGACAGCUAUGGGAGGGCAUAGAGAAUGCAAUUAAUUUCCAAAACUUGAACGGCCGCGCUUGUAUCCUCAAAAGCAUAUGCGAAGCGAAGUUGUAUUUGGCGCCUCCAGGGAAAUCAUUAGUUCAUGACAUAUUGAGGGCAAUAUUUGCGGCUCCACUGUUCGAGGAAGAGUUCGUGCGGGAAGUGGGCUGUCUCUACGAUGAAUUAUCGGACCCACACUAUUGUGACAAAAUCAACGACUGCCCUUUCUCUCUGCUAUAUUUUCUUAUAACAAAAUAG